GGAGGGGAUGUAAGAAUCAUGUCGGUUCGAACUCCAAAACCUCCCGAUCGGUAAUCCGUUCGUAUAUACUCCGAAUAGUCAUCGGUCGUACAUCAAUCGCUUUGCUCUCGUCGGUAUCGUACAUAACUAGCUCGUGCGCACUUGCUACCUAUCGUCGACGUAUACUAGUACUAAUGCCACUAAAUCUGCAUGCUAUCGUGAC